GUUGCGGACAGCGGGAACCAUGCGAUACGGAAGGUGGAUAUUGUCAGCGGUUACAUGAGCACGCUGGCAGGGAGUGGGACUGCCGGGUAUAACGAUGCGGUUGGAGUACUUGCUCAAUUCAACAAACCCACGGCGGGCUACCCGCUCGGAUUGGAUGUCUUCGGUCCAAAGCUGUACAUCGCCUUCGAGUCGGACCACCAGAUCCAGCAGGCGGACUGGACUACCCCGACUCCCACCCUGAGCGUGCUAGCGGGGGAUGGGACGAACGGCCUGGUCGACAAUGUCAAUGGGGCAGCGGCGAAGUUCUACAACCCUACGGGGGUGGCGGUGGACUUUGCCGGGCAGUCCCUCCUCGUUGCGGACAGCCGCGACCACACGAUCCGCAUCAUCGACCUCUCCUCCACGGCGGUCUCGACGCUGGUGGGUACCGGGGUGGCGGGUGGGGAGGACAGCAUCGACCCGAACUCCGCGACGCUGUCGCUCCCGUUUGGGGUUUCGGUGACAAGGGACGGGAGGUGGGGGCUCGUUUCAGACCAGGGCAACAGCGGGAUCCGGCGG